AUGAUACCGCCGAUGUUUACAAAAUUCAUCAAAACCGGAAUCGCCGACAAGAACGACUACCCGCUGUACUUCGAGAAGGUCAUCUAUGAGGCCGACAUCGAGGAAAAUGUCGAGGUCAACCACAACUUCCUCAACGUCACCGCAAAAACGCCCGCUGAAGCGCCCAGUAUUCGAUACAAGAUCACAAGCGGUAACAUAGGCGGGGUGUUUGCGAUACACAACACCACCGGAGCUCUGUACGUAGCCAAGGGCCUCGACUACGAAAAACUCAAAAAGUACGAGCUCCGGCUGACGGCGUCUGACAGCUUCAAGGAGAACUACACGACGGUGCUGGUGAGCGUCAAGGACGUCAACGACAAUCCACCUGUAUUCGAGAAAUCAUCAUAUCGCACACAAAUCACCGAGGAGGAUGACCGGGGCCUGCCGAAGCGAGUCAUGCGGGUCACAGCAUCGGACGCCGACGUCGAGCGGCCGAACAAUAUCAUCUACUUCCUAACCGGGCCCGGCAUCGACAUCGAGAACCCGUCGGAGAGCAACUUCGACAUCAACAAGGCCACCGGGGAGAUAUUUGUUUUAAAGCCACUCAAUCGCGACCCGCCCCAUGGGAGAGCAUCGUGGAAGUUCACGGUGUUUGCCCAGGACGAGGGCGGGGAGGGCCUGGUUGGCUUCACCGAGGUGCAGAUCAACCUCAAGGACGUAAACGACAAUGCGCCAGCGUUCCCGCAGGGAAUCUACUACGGCAACGUGACCGAAAACGGCACCAUCGGGAUAUACGUCAUGACAAUAAAGGCCGAAGACUAUGACGACGUCAACGAGGGCCUCAACGCCAAGAUCGUGUACUCGAUCGAGAAGAACGCCAUCGAAGAGGACACCGGACUGCCCAUCUUCGACAUCAACCCCGAUACCGGGGUCAUCACGACGGCCGUGUGCUGUCUGGACCGGGAAAAGACCCCGGACUACUCGCUGCAGAUCGUGGCCACCGACGGGGGUGGCCUCAAAGGAACGGGCACGGCCUCGAUCAAGGUCAAAGACCUCAACGACAUGCCGCCACACUUCACCAAAGACGAAUGGUUCGUCGAGGUGGAAGAAACCGAUGGAAACAUUCUCCCAGAAGCUCCCAUCCUAACCGUUACCGUCAACGACGACGACGAGAUCAACAACUUCCAGUACAAGAUCAUCGAGAGCAGCGGCUACGGGGCGGACAAGUUCGCCAUGAUCAAAAACAACGACGGCACCGGCAGUCUCAAAGUCGUCCAACCGCUGGACUUUGAAGACCCCAUGCAAAUCAACGGGUUCCGCUUCCGGAUACAGGUCCUAGACAACGAAGGAAUCAACGAAACCGACAAGUACCACGUCGAUCACUCGUGGGUGAUCGUCAAGCUGAAAGACAUCAACGACAACACUCCGCGCUUCCGACGGCCACACUUGGAAGCUAGCGCCGCAGAAGACGACAAAAUCGGCAAGGUCCUAGUCAGCUUCCGAGCGAUCGACAUCGACAAAGCGGGCAAAAGCAAGAUCACCUACAUGAUCAACCGGGCAACCGACCGAAAGCGUCAGUUCUCAAUCAGCGACGAAGGUACGGUGACGAUCCAGCGAGAACUAGAUCGAGAAUCCAUCUCCAAGUACAACCUGGAGAUCUUAGCCAUAGACGACGGAGUUCCACCACGAACCGCCACCGCCACCCUCACCGUCGAAGUCAAAGACGUCAACGACAACGCACCGGUCUUCGCCGAAGAGUACAAACCGAUCCUCCUGGAAAACUCCCCCCCUUCCAAGAUCAUCGAGAUCUCCGCCACCGAUCAAGACGACCGCAAGAUGGGCAACGGUCCACCGUUUCAGUUCCGGAUGGAUCCGGAAGCAGACGACCUGAUCCGCACCUCGUUCAAAGUCGAACAAAGCAACAAAGGCGAUGGAAUGGCCAUCGUUUCCUCGCUCGGCUCGUUCGAUCGCGAGUACCGCAAACAGUACGAGAUCCCGAUCGUGAUCAAAGAUUCCGGCAACCCCCCGCAAACCGGUACCAGCACCCUAACCGUGACGAUCGGAGACGUCAACGACAACAUCAUGCAGCCCGGCUCGAAGGAGGUGAUCGUGUACAACUACCAGGGACAGGCGCCGGACACCGCGAUCGGACGAGUGUUCGUGAACGACCUGGACGACUGGGACACCUCGGAUAAGCUGUUCUACUGGGACGAGGUCGAGAAUCCCCGCUUCAAGCUGGACGACUCGUCCGGUAUGGUGACGAUGCGACGGGGAGCUCGCGAGGGGCGCUACAAGUUGCGGUUCAAGAUCUACGAUCGGAAGCACGCGCAGGAAUCGUACGCCAACAUGUCCGUCACGGUGAAGCACAUCUCGUACGAGGCGAUCGUCAACUCGGGGUCGAUCCGGUUAGUUGGGAUGACCGAUGAGGACUUUAUCAGGAUCUGGAACUACCGCACGCAGAACAUUUUCAAGAGCAAGCUGGAGCGGUUUCGCGAUAAGCUGGCAGAGUUGCUGAACAUUGACAAGAAGAACGUGGACGUGUUUAGUGUUCAGAUGAAGCAGAAAAGCCCACCGAUUACGGACGUUAGGUUCUCCGCGAGGAAUGCGUUCUUCUUCAAGGCCGUCCAGUUGAAUGGGGUUGUGCUGCUGCACAAGGACGAAAUUGAGCAAACGGUCGGGAUCAACAUUACGAUGGUGAACAUUGACGAAUGUUUGGCGGAGAAUGCGGAUUGUAACGGAUCUUGCACGAGUAUUAUGGAGGUGCAGACGAAUCCUAGCUUGGUGAACGCUAACAAGACGGCGUUGGUUGGAGUUCAGAUCAAGUCGACGGCCGAGUGUAUGUGCAGUGCUCGGGAGUACAAGCAGCAACAGACGUGCAAGUCUCAUCCAUGUCUGAACGGUGGACGGUGCUCGGAUAGUAAGUCUGGGGCGCGUUGCUCGUGCCCACCUGGAUACAGUGGACCACGCUGUCAGCAGACGGUUCGUAGCUUCCGAGGUAACGGCUGGGCGUGGUACCCGGCGCUGGACAUGUGCGACAAGUCCCACAUUAGCGUGGACAUUAUUACAACGAAAGCCGACGGGUUGAUCUUCUACAACGGUCCGAUCGUACCGCCAAAUGACAGUGAUGAGCAGCAGCAGUCGGACUUUAUUGCGCUGGAGCUGGAGCAGGGUUAUCCGAGGUUCCUGAUUGACUACGGCUCGGGUACGCUGGAGUUGAGGAUCCAAACGAAGAAUCCUCUGAACGACGGAGAUUGGCACAGGAUUGACAUCUUCUGGGACGCCGAACGCGUCAAAAUGGUUGUGGACCACUGCAAGACAGCAGUCAUAUCGGAAGCGGAUGAUGGAAACUUGGUGGAGUUUGUAGAUCACACCUGCCAGGCGAUUGGUCGCGUUCCGCAGUUCAACGAAUUCUUGAAUCUCAAUACACCCCUUCAGAUUGGAGGUGUCUUCCGGGAAAAGUUCGACUACACCUACAACCGCUGGCAGUACAUGCCGAUGGGAGUGGGCUUCGAGGGUUGCAUACGGAAUUUCAAGCACAACGGAAUCCUGUACGAUUUGUCCCACCCGGGUCUGUCCAAGAGUACGAUGCCGGGUUGUUUGUACACGCAGGAAGUUUGCGAUCUGAAUCCCCAGGUGGCCAAAUGUAUGGAACACGGCAAGUGCGUAGGGAACUACGACGAAGCCAAGUGCGAGUGCAAUCCGGGAUGGUCCGGAACGUACUGCAGUUUGCCGACAACGCCGACCACCUUCAAGACGCACAGCUACGUCAAGUACGCGCUGAGUUUCGAGCCUGACAAGUUCACCACGCAAAUUCAGCUGCGAUUCCGAACGCGGGAAACGUUUGGCGAGCUGUUCCGGAUCAGCGAUCAGCACAUGCGUGAGUACGGAAUCAUCGAGCUGCGGGAAGCCAAGCUGCUGUUCCGGUACAGCUUGAACUCGGGUCAGGUCGAGGAGCACGAGGUAUCGCUGACGGCCGUCGAAGUGGACGACGGCCAGUGGCACGUGAUCAAGAUUCAACGGUACGGUUCGGCGGCCAUCUUGGAGCUGGACGGUGGCGAGGGUGCGAAUUUCAACCAGAGUUUCUCCUUCGACGGACACCAGUGGCUGUCGGUGGACAAGCAGGAGGGCGUGUACGCCGGUGGCAAGCCGGAGUACACGGGCGUCAAGACGUUUGACGUGCAGGCGGACUACCAGAAGAGCUGCAUCGACGAUAUUAGAUUGGACGGCAAGAGUCUCCCGCUGCCUCCGGCCACCAACGGCACCCAGUGGGGCCAGGCUACGAUGGCGAAGAACAUCGAGCGGUACUGCUCGUCCAACAAUCCGUGCCAGAACGCGUACUGUCCGGAGCCGUUCGAGUGCGUCGACCUCUGGAACAAGUACGAGUGCGCUUGCGGCGACGGUAUGAUCAUCUCGCCCGAGGGCAAGACCUGCAUCGACCGGAACGAGUGUCUGGACUACCCGUGCAUGAACGGCGGCACCUGCAUCAACCAGGAGCCCCGGUUCAAGUACAAGUGCAUCUGUCCGGACUCGUACUGGGGCGAGAGCUGCGAGUUCCUGAAGGAGCGACAAGCGUUGAAAUUCAGCACAAGUGCCUUGGCUGCCGUCAUAACGUGUCUAUUGCUGAUCAUUAUUUUGUUAUUCCUGUAUUUUUCGUGCUCCCGGCGUCGGUCGGCCAGCUUCAACAAGAAACCGGCCACCAAGGACGACAUCCGGGAGAACAUCAUCAACUACUGCGACGAGGGUGGCGGCGAGAACGACAUGACGGCGUUCGACAUGAAGACGCUCAAGAUUCCGAUCGGGCCGCUGCCGGAGCUGGUGCAGCACAAGGCGCCCCCCGUGCGUCCCGAUAUUGCCGUCGUGUCCGACCAGGUCGUCACCAAGGUCGACGUGUUCCUGGGCGAUCGCAAGCGACGGGCGGACGUCGAUCCCGCCACCGGGCCCUUCGAUGACCUCCGGAACUACGCUUACGAGGGCUGCGGAAGUACGGCCGGCUCGUUAAGUUCCUUGCAGUCAGGUACCGAUGAUGAGCCCCAUGAGUAUAGCUUUUUGGCGUCAUGGGGGCCGCGUUUUGAUAAGUUAGUUAAAAUUUACGAACCGAAAACACAAAUCGAGGACGAUGACGUUAGUUAAAAGUAACUCGCGUCACACUGGUUGGUGUGUCUUGGUGUAAUUGUAGGUUAAAAGCGAUUUCGUUGGUUUUUGAUAACUUUGUUUUGUAUGAAAGAAGUAAACGUUGUUUUAGUCCGAAACCGUGUAGAUAUCAGAUAUAAAUUAUAAAUAUACCUAAACGAAUGAAACAUUAUUAAUGUAGGAUGAAUUUGAGAAACUUUAGAUAUUGACGAACGAACGAACCAGUGAAAUGAAGAGAAGGCUAACCAAAAUGGAUAUAGUAGUUAAGGAAUAGUUAAGUAGAUUAUAAGACAGAGAGUGAAAAGAAAACAGCAGAACACAGUCCUAAUAGUAAAAAGUAAUCCUUUGGUGCUCUCAAAUUAACCUAAAUGGAAGAAAACUAGCUGUGUGCUCCAAUGAAGUGGAUUGACUGGAUCUCGAUUAAAAUAAUGCUUGUUGAAUGUGCUAAAUUUAAAUUAUUUUUUUGAAUUUAAAUUACCAAAUUUACCAACAAAGGAAAAAAUCAACAAUUUUACAUCCCAAGCGGUUAUUCGUAAUCAUUGUAAAACACACAUUGCAUGUUGCACAAUCGUGCAAUUUGUGGUUGUUUGCUGCCAUCGCCAGAAUUGUGCUCUCUUUUUUUCGAGCUUAUAUCAAUAUGACACCAUCUGCGAUUUCCAUUCGUUCGAUGGCGCCUGGCACCCGCCGCAAUGAUCAAUUAAAAUGUGUGCAGCGAAAAUUGUUUUUACAAUGCUCGCGUGCUGAUUUCCCACAAGAGUACUCGAAACAUGACAUCGCAGGAGAAAAAAUCGAGUGGAAAAUACAUCUGAUUGCAUGACAUUUGCCCGGCAUGAAAUUUCACAUUUUGAAGUGAGUGGUUCAACCAUUUUUUUGGGCAGGAUUAUACUUCACGGAAGAUUUAUCAAUUUUAAGCCAAAAUUCCGAGCACUUACCCUACAUUUAUAUUUGCCAAGCGCAAUCAGCGGUACCCGUUGGGAUUGUAUUUAUUUGGUGAAUCAAAAACUAUUCAAUGGAAAACUAUAAACAUUCAUUCGGUUUAUCUUUUGUUCGCUGUCUCCCCCGGUUCCCAUUUUUGAGCAGAUAUCAAAACACACGAAAAACAAACGAGCGAGCGAAAAAUCAACUAAACGAGCACAGAAAUCGAACUGCAAAAAAUCGAGUGAAAAACAAUAACAAAAAAUCUGGCAAAAGUUCUGACAUCCACACAGUCACACUCCGACAUUCACGAGCAACGUGAAUCAAUAUAAAUACAGAUAUUUUAAAAAUCAAUUUGUAAAUAUUAAAUGUAAGUUUAGCUAUGUACCAGCAUGCUCGAAGAGCAUGUCCUCGAAGAGGACCCGAGCUCGAACUCAAACUCACGGAAGAAAAAGAAACCUUUUCCUCCUCCACAACUCGGUGCACAGCGGGAAAAAUCCAAUCACAGAACGACGAGUGACACGAACCCAGUUUGACAAACAUACAAAAAUCAUAUUGCAAAAAAAAGAAAAACGAGGAGGAAAUCAUUCGUCUCGUGAAGUGGGUGGGGAAAAAAUCUAAUAAUCUAGUUUUUGGGAGCAGGGACAGGCGGGCGUGGAAAGCACUAGCAGGGAAAUUGGAAACAUGCGGAGUUCGGAGCUCGCGAACCGGAAAAGCUGAUGCCAAUUUGGGUGGAGUGAUGAGAGAGAGAGAGUGAGUGUGAAAGAGGGAUGGAGUUGUGGGAGGGGAUGUUUUUUUUCUACAAAUUUAUUUAAAAACUGAUGAAGCAUAUCUGAGUGGAAUGGCGAAAAACAUGUCUAGAUUUUGAGGAUAGGGUGGCUCAACAAUUUACAGAGAAAAAGAGUUUCAUCACUUUUUAAAACCAAUAUUGUGCGAUUCAGGAUUUUUUAAAUUCAGGGUGGCGACCAAAUGGCGGUGAUGAACUAUUGAGAAAUUGCAUUUGAUAAUUAAAUAUGCAGUAGCCUAUCCCACUUUGAGGACAUGUCGAGGAAUUCUAGGUGCUCACUUCUUAAAAAAUAGAUUAUGAUGUUUGGAACAAUGUUUUCUUUGACAAGAAAAAAAAAUACUUUGUCGCACCCCCUUUUCGAUUUACUGAAAAAAGUCACUAUUUUGUACAAAUUUUCUAAAA